GUAUUUGUCGCUCUUCCUGUCUGUCAUUAGACACAAGACGCCGGUGAAUGUAGUGGUGGUGGGGAGGGCUAGACUUAAAAGGUCAUUGUGAAUUCCGCACAGGUAACUGCAGAGACAAAAUAAAUAAACCGAUAAGAUAAUGAGCGAGGUAAACAUGGGGACAAAGUCGACCUGACACGAAACACGGGCUCCGGCACACUGCAGUGAGCAGAAGCAGCUGGCAGCAGUUAUCCUGAGCAGAGACAUGAACUGCAGCGAGGGGACCGUCUUCUAUUCCUAAGCGGAUCAAGGUGGAAUUGGACGGACUCGGCUCCUGCUUGGAAGGGGAACAAAAGUUUGACAUUUGCUCGAGACGAAAAACGAGGUUAGAGGAUGUUGAGGUUGGUGAGCUCCACAGUCCUGCUCUUUCUGCUCAGGCUGGUUCUUGGCCUGCCUUGGUACCAGGUCCUCCCCAGUCUGCUCAUAUUCUACCUGGGCUCCGGUGGCUGGCAGUUUGCCGAUGUCUUCAUCAAAACCAUCUGGAGAGACUUGCACGCGGCCGGUGUUCUCCUCAGGGUGAAGCUGAGUGUGAAGCGGCACUUGCGUGAGGGCAACACUGUGCCCAAGAUUUUCGCCUCCAUGGUGCAGCUGCACGGGGACAAGCCUGCGCUGAUCUUCGAGGGAACUGGCGAGACCUGGAGCUUCCGCCAGCUAGACGAGUACUCGAACCGCGUGGCCAACCUGCUGCUGGAGCGGGGGUACCGCGAGGGGGAUGUGCUGGCCCUCUUCAUGGAGAACCGCAGCCAGUACGUGGGUCUGUGGCUGGGCAUGGCCAAGAUCGGGGUGGAGGCGGCACUCAUUAACUUCAACCUGCGCCUGGACGCCCUGGUGCAUUGUGUCAACAUCUCCAACGCCAAGGCCGUGGUGUUCGGAGGAGAGCUCGCUGGUGCUGUGCAGGAAGUGCAUGCUUCGAUGGGCAGGUCAGUGAAGCUGUUUUGCUCCGGAGACUGGGAUCCAUCGAAGGUUCCUGAGGAGACUGAGAGACUGGAGCCCUUGCUGGAUGCAGCCCCCUCCCACAAGCCCAGUCCCCCCAACAGGGGCUUCACAGACCGACUGUUCUACAUUUACACCUCUGGGACUACAGGGAUGCCCAAAGCCGCUAUCGUGGUGCACAGCAGGUAUUACCGCAUGGCUGCUCUGGUCUACUAUGGCUUUGGGAUGUCCUCCGAUGAUGUGCUGUACGAUUGCUUACCGCUGUACCAUUCGGCAGGGAACAUCGUUGGGGUUGGACAGUGUCUGCUCCAUGGAAUGACCGUUGUCAUCAAGCGGAAAUUCUCCGCUUCCCGUUUCUGGGAUGACUGCGUCAAAUACAACUGCACAAUUGUGCAGUACAUCGGGGAGAUCUGCCGAUACCUGAUAAAUCAGCCUGUCCGGGAGGCAGAGAAGCAGCACCGGGUUCGCAUGGCGCUGGGCAAUGGGCUGCGGCCGUCCAUCUGGGAAGAGUUCACCUCCCGCUUCAACGUGCCCCAGAUCGCAGAGUUCUAUGGGGCCACAUAGUGCAAUUGCAGCCUGGGCAACUUCAGCAACAAGAUUGGUGCUUGUGGGUUUAACAGCCGGAUCCUGCCCUUUGUGUACCCGAUCCGACUGGUGAAGGUGGACGAGGAGACCAUGGAGCUGAUCCGGGGUCCCGAUGGAGUCUGUAUCCCCUGCAAGCCAGGGGAACCAGGGCAGCUUGUAGGUCGAAUCAUCCAGAACGACCCCCUGCGCAGAUUCGAUGGCUACGUCAACCAGUCAGCGACUAGCAGUAAGAUCUCACAUGACGUCUUUAAGAAAGGGGACAGCGCAUACCUCUCAGGUGAUGUGCUCAUCAUGGACCAGUACGGCUACAUGUACUUCAGGGACCGCACAGGGGACACGUUCCGCUGGAAAGGAGAGAACGUGUCCACGACGGAGGUGGAGGGGACCUUGAGCCGCCUCCUGGACAUGACGGACGUGGUGGUGUACGGAGUCGAGGUGCCAGGGGUGGAAGGAAGAGCGGGGAUGGCAGCUAUCGCAGACCCAGCCAGUGGGAUUGACUUGGAGAGGUUUGCCAGGGACCUGGAGAAGGCGCUGCCUCUCUAUGCACGGCCCAUCUUCCUCAGAGUGCUGCCUGAGGUCAACAAGACAGGGACCUACAAGUUCCAGAAGACAGAGAUGCGUCAGCAGGGGUUUGACCCCAAGGUGGUCUCGGACCGACUGUACAUCCUAGACUGCAGCAAAGGGAAAUACGUUCCAUUGGAUGAGGAGGUCUACCGCAACAUCCAAUCAGGGAAGCAGAAGCUGUGACCACCGUGACCGUUACUCAAUUACUGUACCUCAGGUCCCGGAGCUAUUAAAGGGGGCCAUUGAAUGGGUUCCAGCAGCAAAUGGGUUAACAAAAAAAUACAUGCAGAAGCAAAGUAAUAUUUAAAAAGGGAUAUGGACUGUUGAGUAAGAAAGGGACACUAAGGGGCAGGAGUCAAGCCA